CUACUUGACUGAGUUGGAUGCACUUCGACGCACAAAGUGGAUUUAAAAAAAGCGCAACUCGCAGAUGCUGCAGGGCGAACGCGAGUUUCAGACUGAAGACGAAGAAAUGCAAAGUCUCAGUGAUUCAUGUCAUCGGAAGAUGAACUUUUGAUGCAUGUGAUUUGUUUUGUGUUUUUUUACUGGAGGAAUUAAUUUGUAAUCCACCGCACACUUUCUCUGUUUGUACAUCCUCUGCACAGCCUGCACGGAAGUUGUCUCCAUAGCUUGACAGAUGUUAAAUAAAUAAUGAUUGGAUGUGUUUUUAAAGGACUGCAGAGAAAGGUUGCAGGGGGUAUCAUGUAGGAGGAGUUCUUUGUGACCAAACAAGUAGAGGAUUUUGCCCUUAUAAAAAAGGACAUUUCCCGAUGAAGAUCAUUGUUCGGGGGAACAGCUGCAGAGGUCCUGGUACAUGUGUUUUCACACAUAGUCAGGAACUUGGAUCCACCCUUUUUCAGUCUGCCAGCCCUCAAUUUAUUACCUCCUUAAAGCAUCUUUAAUAGGACACAUGCUUUGAGCUUCGGCACUCUCUGACAGCGAUCAAUCAGCGCGUUCCCUGAUUCCCCUGCCAGCCCACCCCGAGCUUCAUGGGUUGAACCACCAGAAGUUCGUCAAUCCUCCUCUGCAUUCUCUCCUCCUCUUCAUCCUCCGCUCAACCCCUCCAACCCAACCUCCUCUUUCAGUGAUGGCUACUCGUGCCUUGGGCUUGUUUGGAAUUGUAACUGCAACAUCACCCUCCAGUACACAGACUUGCGUCCGCUGCAGCCUGGAGUGAGAGAUCCCGAGAGACAGAGGAGGAGGGGUGAGAGAAAGGGAGACACAGACAGAGGAAGAGAGCAGUGCCACAAAGCAGAGAGAGAGAGAGGAAGGAUCAUAAUCACAGUCACAGUUGCAAAGGGAUCCACCUGUCCCACAGAGGAAGGGGCCCCCCCAACCUGAUCCAUCUGGUCGCAGGGGGGGACCCUGCGUGGCCGGGAAGGCAGCAGGGACUAUGCAGCUGGGACUGGUGGCGCUGGCAAUGGUCUUCCUCAGCUCCAUGGGUCAAGGCGAUUCUCUCAAUCUCUCCAAGGCGAGAAGGCAGAGACGGGUUAGCACUGAGGGGCCUCCAUCUUGCCCAAAAGGCUGUGAACGAUGCUCGGAGUACAAUGGCUGCAUUAAGUGUAAGCCCAAGCUCUUCAUCUUCCUCGAGCGCAACGACAUCCGUCAGAUCGGCGUGUGCCUCGCCUCCUGCCCCAUGGGAUACUUUGGCAUGAGGAACCCAGAAGGCAACAACAGAUGCACGCAAUGUAAAAUAGAGAAUUGUGAAGCCUGUUUCAAUCGCAAUUUUUGCACAAAAUGUAAGGACGGCUUGUAUUCACACAGUGGGCGAUGUUAUGUCAGCUGCCCUCCAGACCAGCGCACCGCCAAUGAUACCAUGGAGUGUGUCGGUCAGCGUCCUGCAGAGUGUGAACUAGGCGAGUGGGGCCAGUGGGGAUCUUGUACGAAGAAGAACAAAACAUGUGGAUUUAAAAAAGGCUCCCAGUCUCGGGUUCGCUUGCCCGUCCUGCCUGUCCACAGCCCGGACACCUCGCCGGCUUUUGUGCCCUCGCAGACCUGCGCACCUCAGACAGAAAGGAGGAAGUGCAUCGUGCCCAAGACGCCCUGUGUGAGAGAGCGGAAGAAUAAGGGAGACCGGCAAGAUGACCCAAACAGAAGAGAGCGGGAGAAUUUGCGCGGGCGAGGAGGAGGAGGAGGAGGAGGAGGAGGAGGAGGGGGAGGAGGAGGGGCAGGAGGAGGAGCAGGAGGAGCAGGAGGAACAGGAGGAGGAGGAGGAGGAGGAGGAGGAGGAGGAGGAGGAGGAGGGAAGAGGAGAAGAGGCCAGAGCCGAACCACCGCCACUCCCCCCAGCAACACAACAAGCUUCUUCUCCUAAACUCCACGGCCUGCUGGAUGGAGCCGAGAGGACAGAAACGAUGAUACAGGUCAUAGUGGUGAAGGAAAAGGAUAAAUGCUGCUAUGCAUUGCAGAAGAUGCAAAGAGAACUGGAGGAGGAUUGCUGCAAAGGAAAGGCUUCUCUGAGCUUUUUGAAAAGCUGAACAUAUCGUGGAGAUACUGGUGUUACAGUCAGUAAGACUUGAGGGAUCAUUGGACCGUAAAACCUCUGUUGAAGACUGUGUUUGGACAUGGUUUACGGCACUAAAAGACUUGUAUCACAUCUCUUAAGUGAAAACAAAUACAAGAGUUCCUAAUGCAGCACAAAGACAGAAAGGCCGAUUACGAAUGAAGACGGCAGACCUUAUUUUAAUCCCAAUUUGUCUUCAUUUGUUUUGUGAGAUGGAUUUUUUUUCAACAGCCGCUUUACGUGACAUAAAGACAAUGACAAGCAAAGGCUGUUGUACCUUUAUUUCCUAUUGUGAGUUAUAAAAAUUUAAAAAAAGAAAGGCACUGGAAACCAUUUGUGGUUGUUGAGGACAGAAGGUCUUCUGUGUAUUAUUUUGAGAAGGGAGUCUUAUGACAAAACAAGCCGAAGAGGAGACGCAGAGGAGGAUUACUGGGAGCUCCUUCUCUGGUGUCUUUACACAAACUCUUGCCAUUUGAUAGCUUAUUGUUUGUUUCAAAUUCGAUGUUAGUGUUUGUAACUCUGCACAGAAAAGGAAGAGUAAAAAACAUGAUUAUUUGCAUGUGUACGAGGCUGCAUGUGCGUGCCUCUGUGCAUGCAAACGUGUGUGUGUGUGUGUGUGUGCGCGUGUGUGUGUGUGUGUGUGUUUGUCCCUACCUAAGUGUUUGUACUUUGUAUGCAUUUCUGCACGGAAUCCUGUUGUGUGUCGACAGAACUUAGAUGUUUGUACAUGUGUGUUUACGUUUGCACAUGUGUGUUAAAAUUGCUCUCAUAGAAUGAAGGAAUAGGAUCUGAAACCAGAGGAAGGAAAUGUAAAUCCACAGUGAUAUAUCAAAUAUGCAGUAACUACAAGCCACUGAUUAUUAUACAAGCCAUACAGUCAUCUGCUGCUCAGUAAGCGUGUCUGUUCGCAACAGGGUCUGAAGAUUUUGCACAACUUUAAUGUUUCCUACUGCUCGAGUUUCAGAACAGUCACAGCAUCUUACAUGUUUAUUCUAUCAAAGCUGGCUUUCAUGACAUUGAUGCAGAGAAAUGUGCUUGUUUUUUUUCAAGAACUUUUCUUUUGUGGGUCUGUUUGCUUCACACAAGGUAUUCGCUUCAGAAGGAGUCACAUGUUACAUUAAUCAUGCAUACUAUGGAUUGUGAUACUGAAUAUGUCCAGCUGUGCUUAUCCUCAUCAAAAGAAAGAAAUAUUAGUAUCAUCAUGUAUAGCUUAUCCUGUGAAGGCCGAAAUAAAGUUCAGAUGAAGCUGAUGAAACUUCGGUCAUACACUGACUUUUAUACUUGUUUCUUUAUUUCAGAUGGAAUGACUUCUGUGUGCAAUAGAUCCAUUAUUUUUAUUUUUAUAAUCUGCUUCAGCCGUUUUUAUAGUCCAUACCAUAAACAGAAUAUACAAAUGGACAGUGUGCCUCAGCCUCCUCCCAUUGAACAGGAUGAAGUCAGAAUAUCCCCAUGACCAGCACUGACAUAUUGCAAAAUUUGGAACCAGAGUCUGCGCAAUAGGGAUUGUCUUGAUGAGCCCUGGUUUUGAGGCCAUGUCGCAAAAAAGCAGACUUGCAGAUAUUAAACAUAAGGAUAAAAUGGCAAAAAUCCUGGAGAUGGGUACACUCCUCAGCGGAACAGAUUCUUGUGUCGGUUUGAAGCUUAAUGACUUUUGUGUUGGUGUUGGUUAUGUUUUUUCUCCCUGUUUUUGCUGUCUUCUGCUAAUCAGAUGCACAAAGGAGCAAAAUUUGUCAACAGAGCUGUCAAUCACAGAAUGAUACCACUUUAUGGCAUGAAAUCACUAAUUAAAAAUAAACUUCAUCUGAAAAAGA